AGAGACUCCAGAUUAUAUUGUGUGAACUAUGGCUCAACAGACUAAAGUGGUGUUGCUUCUACUUCUAGCCACAGCAGCAACAGCCUAUGUGACCGAUUUUAAUAAGAUCAUCCAAGAAGCUGAAGAACAUCGCAGAAACAGCCAAUGUUCUACAUGUUGUCCAUGUGGCUGGGUUAAGUAUGAGAGACGCUGCUUCACUUAUCAGGCCAGCAAAAUGGACUGGGCUUCUGCUGAGAAACACUGUCUGGAUCUUGGUGGACACUUAACCUCAAUACACAGCGAAAAUGAAUAUCAAUUGAUUAAGGCCCUUAUUCGUACUCAUGACCCUGAGGAAAAUGCAGCAUGGAUUGGGCUAAAUGGCUGUCAGAAGAAAUUCAAUUGGUUUUGGUCUGAUGGUUCCAGAUUGACUUUCACCAAGUGGAAUCCAAGAGAACCAAAUUUUGUAAAUGGAGAAUGCUGUGUGCAUAUAGACCGGGGUGGCCUAAAAAAUUGGAAUGAUAUUUCCUGUGCUCACAGAUAUUCCUUUGUGUGUGCUAGAAGUAUUUAGCUGAAGUGCUACCAGUCUCACCACACCAACUAUUAUAAAUUUUCUUAAUUGGUUAAAAA